GAUGCAGUGUCGAGAUUUACGGAAUUAUUUCCUUUUUCAGAGUCACUAAAUUUAUCUGCAAGCCGAUUACAACGGGAAAGAGAUAAACCGGAAGACACUAGAAGCCUCGUUAUGGGACCAUUACUUCGACGUAGACAAUCAGAACAAACUAAAUUUGUUGUGCCUCAAAUAUUUGUGGAUUAUGGUAGUAGAAGAACUUCAUACGCCUCAGAUUACAUGAGGCGAUGUUCAGCAGAAAGCGGAAGUAGUAGACGUACAUCGUUAGCUUCCGGUGAUACGGAUAGACGUGGGUCAGGAAGUAGCUUAAGUAGCAGACGAACAUCUCUCGCGUCUGAUGCUGAUCGUCGGGGAUCUGCUGGUAGUAGUAUCUCAAGCAGACGAACAUCUUUAUUGUCUUCUGAUUGUGCAUCACGACGAGGUUCCGGAAGUAGCAAAAGUUGUGCUAGCAGUAGAAAGAGUUCUGAUGCCAGUCGGUUCGGCGACACUGACGAGUUACUAGCCGAUUACUCAGAUUCUGAAACCAUCGAAGAGGAUUACAUGGCAGAGAUGGCAGAGAUGAACGAACAGGACAUGAGACGAUCAUCAUACGAGGAACCAAUUGGAAAACCAGUUAAAGAAAAGGACCGCAGAAAAUUAUAUCGACGGAGUCAUUCAUUGGCUGAAAUUCGACGUCCUACACACGUGUUUCUUCCUGAAGGUGGACGAGGGCGUGGAGACGGUAGAAGAAUUACUCUAUCAUCGUUAGUUGUUAGCAGUAUGAAUGCCUUAGAUUACACAGUAAAUCCAGUCACUCCUCAGUGCCAACACAGAAAAAAGCCCAAAUUAAAUGCUAAAGGACAAGGUGGUAGUAUUGGACUUCCAGAUAAACCUGUAGUUAUGCAUGAUUUAAAUCUAGACGAUAUGAUGAUGCCAAGUUUUACCCCUCCAAUGCCCCCUACGGGGAAAUUAAAAGUUCAAUUUCAAAUGGCAGAAAACAAGACGUCAUUAACAGUAAUUGUAAUAGAGGCAGACAACCUACGGAUCGCCGGACUUCCCGCUGAUACUGAAAUCAAUCCAUAUGUUAAAGCAUUCCUAGUGCCUGGAAGAACAUUUAAAUAUAGAACAAAAACCAUUCCGAAAACCAAAACUCCAGUCUUUCUUGAGAAAUUUACAAUAACGGACUUAGUGCCAAGUGACUUGGACGAUAAAGCUGCUAUCGAAUUUCAAAUUUAUUCUUCACAUAAUGUGACACGUCGACAUCUUGUUGGGAUGUCUUCUAUUUAUCUGUCUAAUCUUUGUGAACUGGAAAAUGGACUGGCCGAUUUAACCAUUAUGCCAGAAACUGUAUAUAGACUUCACCAAGGAGACAUACGAAUAUCUGGUUGUUAUCAGCCGGUUGCAGGAAAAAUUGUAUUUAAUGUUUUAGAAGCUAGAAACUUACCAAGAGUUUCAUUAUUAGGUGCUAUUAAUCCAUAUGUUAAAGUUGAAAUGUAUGUCAACGGAAUCCGUCAGGAUAAACAUAAAACCAAAGUGAGGCAAAAUACUCAAGACCCGGUGUGGAAUCAUCCGUGUGUUUUUGAAAUCAAUAGAGAAAACCCUAAACUUCUUGGACAUGCAUUUGUCUUUCAGCUAAUACAUAAAGACAUGAUGAUGGGAGUUCAGAAAUUAGGUCAAGUCGAAUUAGGUUGGUAUAGCCAUGGUGAACAAUUAGACCAUUGGUAUGAUAUUAUGGAGCACCCGCACAGACCAACUGACUAUUGGCAUCCUGUGAUAAAGACCAGUAAGAUAGGAUCAUGACCUAAUGGUUCACGUGAUAUUGGUCAUAAUCGACGGCAGCCAUUACCUAAACAUUCAUAUCGUUGUGUUUACCUUAACAACGACCUCAAGGAUCGGAUAUCCGAUUCAUGACGGAGAUCUCCGAUCCCUGUAUCCCCCGACAGUAUACGGUGACUCGAGCAAGAAGAUUUCUUGACAAUCAUGAUUAAAGAUUGACGUGAUAAAAAAUCAAAGCAAUAACGACAAAUUCAUACUAUAGACCAAUGGAGGAA